GAUAAAAUUAGAAUUUUAUUUGCUUAAUUUAAUUAUGCUUUCACUGUUUUAAUUUAUCAUUUAACGCACACAUCUAAGGCGAACGAGGCUCACAACAUAAAUUAGAUAAAAAGCGUGGGUGUGGCAUCGUCAUCACGAAAAGUGUCCUUAGGGGAAGCAUCGCCGAGUACUGCAGAGAAAUUUCGCAUCGGCGGCUAGACACUGUGCGUGACAGCGGCGGCGACGGCGGCGACGGCGGCGGUUUAGGCGCCUCUUCGCAUCACCGUCGCGUCGAUACGCUUUUAAAUGCGCUCUUGCGAAAGAUUAUCUGCAUUUAAUUGCGGCUAUUUCAUUAACAGAAAUUUCAAUGCGAUAAUAAAAUAUCGAUUGGCCAAACGCAUUUGAGAAAUUAACAGGAAAUAAGAUUGCUGGUUUCGUCGGCGUCGACGGCGGCUACGACGGCGUCAACGCCGGCGGCCGCAACGCCGACGUCGGCGGCUUCGUACAAAACGAUCCGGAAUAGUUUCGCAGCCCAGUUCUCGGCUUCCGUACGUGCGGAUCGAGUCGACAUCCUUCUAGAAUUUCCGAUAUCUGGGCUGGGCGUAUACAAGCGCGUUAAAAUUUAUUUCGAUCGCCACACCCAUCUGAAAGAAUAUACGUUAAAAUUAAAAAUACCGGUUUAAAUAAUAUUUGUUACGUGAAACACGAAUAAUUGGACAUUUCGAAGAACAAUCAUUCAUUGGAUUUAAAUUAUUUCGGUUUAUAUAAAAAAAUUAUGAAAUACUUGUGAAACACUUUGUAAGAAAUAUUUCGUGUUGCAGUCAAAAAUUGUUUCGCAAUAAUCUAUUCCUCUUUAUUUCAUUGUCAAUAAUUAGAUUUUUAGUGUAUUUAUUCUUACAAUGUAAUAUUUUAGGCUACUAUCAGUAAUCGCUGCACAAUUGCUGCACAAUGCACAUAAGUAUUCUGUAUUAAUAAUCAAUUUUUCUCUGUUCUACAACAGUAAGUAUAAAUUAUAAUUAAAAUAUCGUCUGUGUAAUAACGUCUGUGUAGACUGAUGCAAACAGAUGCUCCGAUGUUUUGUAAAAUCUCGUAAGAAGUUCAUAUCGUGGAAAUUAAGAAAUGUGCGCAAUUUACCGUUUAAUCAAUUGCAAAUUAAUAUUCGCAGCCAUAAAUAAAAUUUCUGCGAAAAAAAUUGCGACUAAAUUUGUCGCUAUAGCAUGCGUAAUUAUAGGUAAUUCGUUGCAAAAUGAACGUUUGUUAUCGCUUUUGACGUGUUUUUUUUUUACAUCAGGAAAUCAUGCGAGCGGUACUAGCGAUCGCAUUAGUCUUGGUGGCGGGAUUCUUCGUAGUAGCGACAGCGACUACCAAAGGUCGCAAUUAUCCCCGUUUCUUUAAGCAUCGGACAAAGUUGAGGGAAAUCCGCGGCUUCAAACCAGAAUACAUUUCCACGGCGAUUGGAUUCGGGAAAAGAGAGAGCCCCAUGGCAACUUCGGAUCUUGAUGGAUGCGAAAGAAUUUUAUCAUCACUGCUGAGAAGCUUUCCGCAUGGCAUACCUGCGGAUGUACUACUUCCAAUAAUGCAGACAAAUCCUGCAUUGGCCAGCAAACUUACGCACCUGUCGAUGCAAAACGAUCAAGGCGAUGAGGAGUCGAUGAUGGAUCAUUCGCAGCCCGAAAGAACGCUCGCGCUGUUUUAGUCCUUUGUCGACAAUGUAU